AUGGCGGUAGCUCAAGAUGGAAAUAGUAAUAUCUUUCCAGUUGCUUUUGCUCUUGUGGAGGGGGAGACCACAGAUGGUUGGGGUUUCUUUGUAAAGAACUUGAGAAUGCAUGUAGCCCCUCAUCCUGGCUUGUGUUUGAUUUCAGACAGGCAUGCAUCAAUUGAAAGUGCUUACAAUAAUCCAGAGAAUGGUUGGCAUGAGCCUCCAUCUGUACAUGUCUAUUGUAUCAGACAUAUCGCACAAAAUUUCAUGAGGGAGAUCAAAGACCGUACCCUCCGAAAAAAAGUUAUCAAUAUGGGGUACGCUUUGAACCAACCAACAUUCCACUACUACCGAAAUGAAAUUGGUAUGGCUAAUGGUGAUGCUUUAAGAUGGCUAGACAAUAUUCCAUUGGAAAAGUGGACGAGGGCAUUUGAUGGAGGUCGGCGUUGGGGUCACAUGACAACAAACCUGGUCGAAUCGAUGAACUCGGUAUUCAAAGGCACACGUAAUCUACCUAUUACGGCAUUGGUGCGUGCAACAUACUAUAGGAUGGGAACACUUUUUGCUGAAAGGGGUGCUAAGUGGAGUGCAGUAUUGAGUUCUGGACAGACAUUUACAGAAAGUUGCAUGAAGGUGAUGAAAGAAGAAACGGCAAAAUCCAGCACGCAUCAUGUAAGAAUAUUUGACUAUAACCAUAACACUUUCAGUGUGAAGGAGACAAUGGACCAUGGUGAAGGAAAGCCUAUGGGAGAUUACAAGGUAAACCUAAGAGAUCUUUGGUGUGACUGUGGAAAGUAUCAAGCUUACCGUGUUCCUUGUUCACACGUUAUUGCUGCAUGUUCUGUGGUGCGCCAAGACGCCUAUGCUCUACUGUCCGACGUUUACAGAGUCUCAAACUUAUUCGGUGUUUACAGCACAAGUUUUCCAGUACUACCAUUAGAUGAGUAUUGGCCCUCCUUUGAAGGAGAUCAAAUUUGUCACAACCCAUUGAUGCGGAGGAACAAGAAAGGCCGUCCGGUGAGCUCACGUAUUAGAACGGAAAUGGACAAGUAUGAUAAGUUAGAGAGAAAAUGUGCGUUGUGUCGUCUUCCUGGUCACAACCGAAUGAAUUGUCCAAAUGUUGGAACCAGUAAUGCAUAA